GGCGGGUGAUGUCAUUUAUGUCACGUGCCGCCAGUGACGCUCGCUUGGCCCGCUCUGACGUCUAAUGACGAAAUUAAAUGGCAACUGGUCCAGCUGCUGGCAUGGGCAAGGCAUGUAGGCUGACUAACCGCAAGCAACAUGUCAUAGUGUAAAUCUUUUAUCGAUUAAUCCCAAAGAAAUGGGAGAUUUAAACAGACAGUUGAAGGACUACUUGAACCGUAAUGAAGUUAAAAAAGAGGCGAAGCUGUUUCCGGGCAGCGAGUCUCUCAAAAAGCUACUAGGCGCAGGCGGCAACACCGACUCUUUAGCCGACAAUGCCGGUAGCAAAAGUUGGUUCGCCGAAGCGGAGAAUGAUUCCUGUCUUCCCACUCUGUCCAAGAAGCAACGAAUCUUGGGCUUCAUGGGCUUCAUCCUGAUGGGGUUUUUCUGCCUCUUCAUGGCUGGACUGUACGUUCCUGUACUCGUACUCAAGGCGAGGAAGUUCGCUCUGCUCUACACAAUGGGGAGUCUUUUUAUAAUCAGCAGCUUUGCCUUACUUUGGGGACCCAUGAACCACUUAAGGCACCUGUUUUCCAAAGACCGCCUCCCUUUCACGCUGGUCUACUUUGGCACCACAUUUGCUACACUCUAUUUCGCCCUGGUGGCAAAAAGCACUCUUCCUACAGCAGUCUUUGCUCUCUGUCAAGCAGUCAGCCUUGUUUGGUUUGUUGUCAGCUACAUUCCUGGUGGACAGACAGGCCUGCGUUUCUUUUCCAAAGUGUUCACCGGUGCAGUGACACGAACAGCGAGCAAGACGUUGCCAGUGUGAAGAUGCUCACUGGUUCUGCAACUCUUCCCUACAAAGCAUCGUCGGCAGACCGCUGUUUCCCGUUGCAAAGGCACAUCGUCGGUUAUGAGCUGGGGGCCACGGAUAGCCAGUGUUUUCAUUAUGCCCGACUGCGCAACAGAAAUAUUUAGGGAGUCGACUACAUUGCACAGAGAUAGAACUUUACUGGAAUGUAGUCCUCGCAGUCUCGCUCAGGCGCUAAAAGUUGAAGACUAUACUUAGUUUCACCUUACGAUGUCUGCAACGGAGGGUAUGAGCUACUGCAGCCAAUCCAUUGAUCGGAGCGUGUCGCAUGACUUUGCACUCCUCGUGUUGUUUCAUUCAUCCGGAAGAUUGUGUGACACCCUCCAUCCAAUCUAUCGAUUGUCUCUGGUGACUAAGGUGUUCGUUGGGGUCCACCAUGACGUGAAACGGAGCAUAGUGUGUGUAUCAACUUAUGAAAAUAGUUCAUGUGAAAGUGAUGUCCAGGUGUUACAAGCGGAGGGGUGGCAUCUGCUGCUGCUCUUUAAGAAGUAGUGUUCAGGUUUUGAUCAUACUUAUGCUGUUGCAUAGUUUUGUCUUUUAGGUAUAAAUUUCAGGUAUAUCUGCAACAUUUGUUUCAGACUGCUGUACGAGUUGGAUCGGUCAUGCAUGAAGUGCCUCCAGUGUCAUUGAAGCAUGUGCCCCAUAUUGCGCAGUGCAAAUGAUGUAGGCCAUACUCGGGUAAACUAUUCUCAAAGUGUAAUUGAAUUACUGUGCAAAUAGUUGACUACAAUUAACAUUACAUACUGUUAAAAGAAGUUUAUGCGAUAAGAGUUAUUACUAAACUUUCCUUGGAGAGUUACCCAGCUUUCAGUGACGUCGUUUAGCCAGCAUUUUUCCUUGAUGUAAUAUACUAAAUUCUUCGCUCCAUUAGCAUUUUACAUUCGCCAGGUAUUUUGCCUCUGGUUUACGAAGAUUAUUAAUUGUGUGAGAGGAUACCGAGUUCCAGGUAUCACAGACAUUAGUUUUAUUAUUUUGCAACAUUAGUAAGACCCAAGAGCAUUCUUUUUGUCACAGCAAUUCAAAGUAAAAGCUACGUCCCUUGCACUGAUGUAUGAGCAAAUGAGGCAGGCACCCUGCAUUCCUUAAACCUAUAAACAAUGUUCUGUAGAAGUGAGCUUCUUUUGCAAAAUUAUUUCAAAAGUAGUUGUAAUUACUGAUAAAAUUUUUAUCAGAUGUAAUCAGUUACAUUUAAAAAUUACUUAAUUUCUCCCUGAAUUCUAGCAUUCCAAUCAAUUAACUUUUUUUUUUGUGUGAUUAGGUGUACUGCACUUGCUAAGUAUAGUGCACCAGGCUGACUUUAAAUUCUGCGGGGUUGGCUUUGUAUAUAUUGUAAAUAACAUUUUUGUUUCCUUGUUACGAUGUGUGCAGUGCACUGCCCUUGCCAAAGCAAGUCUUUGGGAAGCAAGCAAAAAUAAAAUUUUUUAUGUCAUUGA